AAGGAUCUUAUCAGUCUCUAAGAUCAGCCCUGAAUGUACAUGAACUAUGGAAAGCCCUGCCUUCAACUGUACUCUCACCAACAACUGGUUACCCCUCGUCUUAAAGCCAACUCUUUUCAUCGAGUUCAUCAUCGGCUGCGUGGGCAAUGGACUCGCUCUCUGGGUGUUCUGUUACCGGAUGAAGCCGUGGAAACCGAGCACCGUGUACCUGAUCAACUUGGCUCUGGCUGACCUGCUGCUCAUCUUCUGCCUGCCGUUUCGAGGGCACUACUACGUGAAGGACAUAGACUGGAUUUUCGGGGACCCGGGCUGCAGACUCAUGCUCUUCAUGGUGGCCCUGAACCGGGCGGGCAGCAUCCUGUUUCUCACAGUCAUAGCGCUGGACCGCUUCUUCAGGGUGGUCUACCCCCACCACCCCAUCAACAUGGCGUCCGUCAGAGGCACGGUCAAGGUGUCCUGUUUCACCUGGGGCCUCACCUUGGCCUUGACGUCUUACCUCGUUUUCGAACAGAAGGCCACAGAGAGGAACAACAAGACGCUCUGCGAGAGUUUCGUCUUGAACGCCGAACUUGUGGGAACCCACCUCUGGCACAACGUCUUUUUCAUCGGCGAGUUCAUCAUCCCCGGCAUCGUCAUCCUGUUCUGCACCGUCUCCAUCUCUGGCCAGCUCAAAACCAGGGGCAUGGAAAACAACGAAAAGAUCAAGAGAGCCGUGGUGGCCGUGAGGGCCGUGUCGGUGGUGUUUGUCUUCUGCUUUCUGCCCAGCAGCUUGUCCCUGAUCGCGGUGAUGAUUGUCAAGAGCGCCAGGCACUGCCGGGCUUACCAGAUCCUCGCCCAGGUGUUCUACAGCAGCCUGGCACUCACCUACUUCAACAGCAUGCUGGAUCCCCUGGUCUUCUACUUCUCCAGCCCGACCUUCCGCACGGCGCUGAAGGAUGUCUUCACCCGUCGGACACCCCUGACUCUGCCAGGACCUCAAGAGAGAAAAAGGCGCAUUCAAGAUUCCGAAACCACCCCAGCAUAGAUCUGUGGUACUCCAAGCACAGAAAGCCCUGUGCUUGGAUUAUUAUUAUUAUUAUUAUUAUUAUUAUUAUUAAAAUAACACAGAAUUUCAGUAUCAUUACGGGCAAAAGUAAGGAACAAAAACGAUCUUGAACGCUUUUAUUCGAAACUGAAUUUGAAAUGUGAUUGAUUUGGAAUUGAAUCCAUUCAUGCGCUGUGAAAGUUGCCUAGGCAAAGUCCACUCCGCGUCUGUGAUUUAAACCCCAGAUUCCAAUCAUAAAUCGUCUUAUUAGUCUUAAUCAUAAAGUCUGCAUUAAAAGUCUCUCUCCCUCCUCUCUGACUCGCCCCUGAGGGCUCCGUCGGGCUGUUUGUGACUUUGCUACAAUAUGAUACGAGAUACAAGUUCGCCGAACUGUUGAAGUAAGAAUGCAAAUAUAAGCUCUUCCCUCUUACCCUUUCGUGAGCUAUUAUUCUGUUGUGCUUUUGGAUAUUGUUUUUGUUUUGUUCGUUCUUAAGACACAAAUGAAGUCGGAGAAAUGGGUUCAUCUCGCAGCAGGAUACACGGCUGUCAUCAGAAAGGAACUGCCGGCUUGGUUAUAUUUCGACAAUGAGCCCAAGAUGAGCUGAACAUUGAGAAAAAGUAAUAGGAGGAACACGGGCUGCUACAAAAGAAAGGUUCCGAUUGUGAAACUCAAAAUGAACAGCUCUCUCCUGAAGAUGCUCCAAACCGAAACCUGUUUUUCCUAUCUACUUAACACCCUGCUUGCUCCUUCACAAGCUUACGUUACUAUAUACUGCAUGCUGAUGUUUCUAUAAAUGAUGUUUAUAAACAUUCUAUCAAAAUCAUAAAACAUUUGCUGCUUUUCUAUAACUGCGGGAUUUGGGUGAUGGUAGCUUUAUACUUUAAAUGUUAAACGUAAACACAGUUAACGCUUUGUAAAGUUUGAGCUCUCAAGCGGCGAUAAGCAUUGCAUCUGUGACUUGUAAAAUUAACAUUUGAAUAUUUCAGGGACUUAGCAACGUUACUCAUUGGCUGAAGCUGCAAUGGGAACUGAUGUGAUGUCGUGUUGAAUUAAUGCUUGAAAAGUGCCUCAUCCACGCUUUAAUUAGUUACUGUAAGGGCUGUAGGAUGUUUUCAAGAGCAGGGAAAAGCAGUGUACUGAAAACUCAAAAUGAGCGAUUGUGAACAAGCCUCAAUAAAAGAAUUUUUUAAAUCA